UCUUGGAAGUAGCAGAUAGUCUUGAAAUAUUGUUCACGCGAAAAGCAGUCAUCUACCUCUAGAAAAGAAAUCUUAUCACGGAUCAGUCAUUGAAAAGCUGUAUCUUUCUUCGUAUGUGUUCCUUGAAAGAUUCGUGCAACGUCAACCAUCGUCAAUUUAGAGUUUAUUUUGGGAAUAAGAUGAUCGUGCAAGCAAUGGUACCCCACUCACGGAUCAGGCCUGCUCACAAAUGUAUGAAUAGGAAUACUUUCUAAGCGGUAAGUUGAUGGAAUAAAAAGAAAUAUUGGCAAAACGUAUGCGAGAAAUUUGGAAGGAAGAAUGGAGAGAGCACAGGCAACUGCAUACGUAGAAGGUGAUCAUCACCUUUUCGACUAUUGGGAAGAAUACGAGAAAAUGGUGGAAGAAACCAAACUGUUAGAUGAUUUUCUGGAAGAGGAAUGUCCACGUAACUACGAUGAUGGGGAGGAGGAAGCAGAGUGGUUACGUACAGCUGGUUUAGGACAGCUGACAGAAGCAUGGAAGGCUGGCAGAGAAGUACAACCGGAAGAACUGGGUGCAGCAUUACGUCCUUUAUCACGAGCACAGGCAGAAGCGGUGAAACGUCGCGUUAAGUCUUUGAAUCACACGGUGAAACAACGUUUCAACCAACGUCAACGCGUUCGUAAACCAGACAUCAGAGACGUUUUCAAAGACGUAGAGGCAUCGAGUACUGGAACGAGAUCACGUAGCGCUACACCCGAUUCUUUAGAUUCCGUGACAGGUAUGACCCCGGAAAACGCAUCGCCUCCGUCACCGUCAACGGCUAUCGACGCACAUCACGCAAACAUGACCGUGGUGCCAAACUUUGUGUCGGUGUUUCAUCGAAUACCGAACGAAUCGAAAGAAACUGUACGUAGAACACCGAGUGCUCCAUCGACGACUGUAGCAGACUCGGUGGCAGGACCAGCAGCAACUCCGUUACCAGUUCAAGAAAUUUUUCGACGUGCUGGAAAUUGGUUACGAGGAGACGUUGCCAAUGAUUCAGAAGGAAUUCAGUUGACGGGUUAUCAUAGGUUAGGAACGAUACACGUUUCGAAACCUAGCAUACAAAGACGAAGCGGAAGCGAUCCUAGCGAAGUGGCGAAUUCAACGAGCUUAGGCGAGACGAUAGAGAAAUUGAACGCUUCGAAGGAUUCGACGUUGAGGAGAAGCUCUGGUGGUCACGCAACGGUAACUAGAAGCCACAGCAGCCUGUACGGACUAGCGAGGGCCGGGGACGAAGGGUUGAUAACGCAUCCGUUGAAUCGAACGUCUUCUCACGGUCACUUGAGCUUCGAGGAAAUGUGUCGAGCGAACGAAGUGAAGUCGCAACUGUGGAAAUCGGAAACACUCGCAUCGUCCGACGAGGUUCACGAUCGACUGGGCGUAGAAAUGUUGACGCAACGAGACCUUACCAGGCUACAACCAUUGUUGUGGCUCGAGUUGACCGCUGUGUUCGACAAAUACAACGUACCGUUGAAAAAACGUAAACCAAACAAGCGUCGAACGAAAGCUGGAAACUUGUUCGGCGUAUCUUUGUCGACCCUUUUGCUUCGAGACAGUCAAGUGACGUCUGACGAGAGCAAUAUCCCGCUAGUAUUUGAAAAGCUUCUGAACGAAUUGACGAGGCGCGGUGUAAAAGAAGAAGGUAUCCUUCGCGUCGGUGGACAUAAACAAAAAGUGGAGUCGAUGUGUGUGCAGCUGGAAAUGGAUUUCUAUUGCAAACCAAAAGAAAUAGAGAAAUUGUUAAAACGUAUGUCUUGCCACGACUUGUCGGCAGUAUUGAAAAAGUUGUUGCGCGAUUUGCCGCAACCGUUGCUUACCGUGGAGCUUAUCGAUGCUUUCUACCAAAGUCACGGAGUGAAGGAUCGUCAGGAGUUGUCGUACGCUUUGAACCUGCUGGUGCUACUGCUGCCGAUAGAGCAUCGUUGUACCUUGAGAGCGUUGGUUAAGUUUUUGAAGUUGGUCGUGGAAAAUGAAGCGUCGAAUAAAAUGUCGAUCCAUAACGUAGCGAUGAUCGUGGCACCGUCUUUGUUUCCACCGCGUUACGUUCAUCCUCGCGAUCGUACGGAUUUGACCGCACAGGUUAACAUGGCUGCGAUAUGCUGUCAAGUGACGGAAGCUGUGCUCGUAAACGCGGAUAAAUUGUGGUACGUGCCGAACGAACUUUUGGACCAGUUGCACAGACAUUCCGAGGAGGAAAGAUAUCGAAAGUACAAGAAAAAGUACUAUUAAUCGCAGUCUCACGCAAUGGGAAAAAUUUCGAACGGGAUCUGGAUAAAUUACCGCGUGAAAAAAAGAAGAAAGGAAGGAAGAUUUGAACGUGACGAUUCAGCCGAUUACAAUUACGAUUACAGUUACGAUUACAAUUACGAUUACAAUUACGGUGCGAUGUUCGCCAAGCUACGAGAUAGCUCGCGCGUCAGGUGCAAUUAGUUUUCUAGAUUUUACACGUCUCGAGGUGUGUGCAAUAGAAGGAGGUUCAAGAGAAUAAUAGUUAAGGAUAGUAUUAAGGUGAGAAGGCUCUGAUCGGUCGGUUCGCUCGUGUCACGCUGGA